AUGAUAAAUAAUGACACAAAAACAGGAAAAAUUUCUGUUAUUAAUCUGGUUGAUUUAGCGGGCAGUGAAAAUGCUAACCAAACAGGAGCUACUAGAGAAAGACUUAAAAAAAAAUGCGCUAUUAAUAAAUCUUUGAUCGUAUUAGGGUCAGUUAUUGAAGCUUUAGCUGAAAAAUUGUCAGGAAAAGACAAUAAAAAUGAUAUUGUGAUCCCAUACAGAGAUUCAGCACUCACAAGAAUCCUGCAAAAUGCUUUGGGAGGAAACAGUAAAACUGUCAUGGUUUGUGCACUUUCACCUGCUGCUGUAAAUUAUGAAGAAACACUAUCUACACUUACAUAUGCUGCUAAAGUUAAAACAAUAAUUUUUUUGCAAGAAAUAUCCACAUUAUUGAAAAGAUAAACAAUUAUUUUUUAUAGAAAAUAAGAAUUGUUAUUAAUAGAAAUUAGCCUAUUUUUAUAA